AUGGCUAAUGUCGAAGAGGAGCUGGAGCUGCGCUCGGACGCUCUCGGCCCGGUGCCAAAGCCAAUCAACGGAGGCGACAACGCGUACCUGCAGUGCUCGGCUCACACCGGCCCGAUUCGGGCAGCGUUCGAGUCAGCACUCGGCGUCAAGGUCCAGCACGGCAUUUUCGGCGGCAAGAUCUGGAACAUGCUGCUGCAGCUCGAAUCGACCGACCGUGUCAAGGCAGUGGAGAGGCUGGAGGAGGAGCAAGGCAUCUCGCGCGCGAUCAUACAGCGCAAGGGCAAGCCAGUGUAUGUGGUGUACAUGUCAAAGGAGGAGAAGGAGAAGCGCAAGAGCCAGACUCUGGAGGACACCCUCUCGGAGCGUGCCAAGGUGAUCAAGAUCCCAGAAACGCAGCUCGCAAAGAUCGACGCGUGCUGGCUGAAGAAGCAGGAGUAUAAGGAGGCGUGCAAGGCGCUGCACGAGGACACGGACGAGUGCCUGACGCGCGUGGAAUCCAUCACGGCGCCGGCCUUCCGCGCCUUUGAGGAGCGCGCCGCUGCCUUCACGGCGCAGAAGGAGGAGAAGGACACGCACAAGCUCGAGCAGCUGAUGAAGUCGGCGGAGGCUGAGCUGAGCUUUGCCAAGGAGAAGCUGGCCACCUGCCGCAAGGACAAAAAGAACUUCACUUCCGACCUGCGCAAGUACAACACGCGGCGCGACGAGCUCAAGGAGCGGGCGGUCCAUCUCGCGCUCGACUCGAACUCUGACAUUGCCAAGAGCGCGGAGAUCCAGCUGGAGCGGCGGCGCCUCAUUGACACCAUCUCUGAGACGGAGGGCAAGGUCUCGUCGCUCGCCGUCUCAAUCUCGGAUUAUGAGAAGUGCGCUACGACGCUGGAGGCGCAGAUCAAAGACCUGGCGGCCAAAGUCGACCCGAAGACCGACGGGCAGCCGUCGUCGAAGCGGCAGCGGCUCUGA